GACAGGACGGACAGACAGACACAGGCCAACUCGAGAUGUGGGGGUUCGGAGCCUUGGUGCUACUGCUGCCCAGCAUCACCGUGGCGACGGCGUCAGCAUCGGCGUCUCUGGACGAGCAGUGGGAGCUGUGGAAGAAAAGUCACCAGAAACAGUACAACAGCAAGGAGGAUGAGACAUCGCGGAGGUUGGUGUGGGAGAAGAACCUGCAGUACAUUUCCGCCCACAACCUGGAGUUCUCCCUGGGCAUCCACACCUUCGAGCUGGCCAUGAACCACCUGGGCGAUAUGACCAGCGAGGAAGUGGUCAGGACCAUGACGGGGCUAAAGGUGCCGCCGGCUCGCACCCAGAGCAAUGACACCCUGUACACUCCCGACUGGGCCGAGAGGGCCCCCGACGCCGUCGACUACCGGAAGAAGGGUUACGUUACCCCUGUCAAGAACCAGGGCCAGUGCGGGUCAUGCUGGGCAUUCAGCUCUGUGGGGGCACUGGAGGGGCAGCUGAAGAAGAAGAUGGGGCGCUUGCUGGACCUCAGCCCGCAGAACUUGGUAGACUGCGUGGCCAACAACGAUGGCUGUGGCGGCGGCUACAUGACCAACGCCUUCCAGUACGUCCAUGACAACCGGGGCAUCGACUCGGAGGAUGCCUACCCCUACAUCGGACAGGACGAGCCCUGCAGGUACAGCCCGACCGGCAAGGCUGCCAAGUGCCGGGGCUACCGGGAGAUCCCCGUGGGCGACGAGAAGGCCCUCAAGAGGGCAGUGGCCCGGGUGGGGCCCGUGGCGGUGGCCAUCGACGCCAGCCUCAGCUCCUUCCAGUUCUACAGCAAAGGUGUCUAUUUCGAUGAAAAUUGCAAUGGGGCCAACCUUAACCAUGCCCUCCUGGCUGUUGGCUACGGGGCCCAGAAGGGAGCCAAGCACUGGAUCAUCAAGAACAGCUGGGGCGAGGAGUGGGGAAACAAGGGUUAUGUCCUCAUGGCCCGGAACAAGAACAACGCCUGCGGCAUCGCCAGCCUGGCCAGCUUCCCCAAGAUGUGACCAUGUGACUGUGCCGACGGGGCCCGCCCCUGGGAUCCCCGCUUGUUCCCACCCCUGGUGACCCCUCCCACUGUCCCCCCUCCCCGCUCCUCAGGCGGGAGGCUGUCGGGGGUGCAGACAGCUAGGCCCCUGAACCCCAGGGUCUUCUGCCCCUCCAUUCCAGGGCUGCUGUCUCCCCUACCCCCACCUCAGGUUCAGAGCCAGAUGUGGGAUGGGGAAAAGGGCAGAAGGGAGGACCGUGUUCUUUCUCUGAGAGUGUAAGUGCAUGCACAUUUUACACACACACACACACACAUACACAAACAAACAAAAACAAAACAAACAAAAAAAAACCUACCUCCCCUUCCCAACUUGAAAUUGCUUCUAAGGGGGAAGAAAGCCCCUCCCCAUGGACUCUUGGUGCUCUGAGUGAGGUACCCUUGCCGGGCCCCAGCCCCGGCCUGUUUCUUCUCAGUUCCUUCCCUGCCUGGCCGCCUCCUCCUGUCCCUCCCCCACAUUCCCAGUCCUCCUGCCAGCUGGGAAAGGUGGGGCUGGCAUGGCAUCUCCUUGUCCGCUGGGCUCUCCUCCCUCCUGGUCCCCUCAUGUCUGGUGGCUCUGAAACUUUAUUUUACAAUAAACACUUUUGGUAACUGCUCUCA